AUGGAAAUUCAGCCAGAGAAAGUUUAUGUAGCCAUUGGAAGAGACCUUUAUGACGGGAUUUCAACCUUACAAUGGGCUUUAAGAAAAUGGUCUAAUCAUUCAAUCAGCAUAGUGAUUAUCCACGCAGCAAACAACAUCCGCAAAGAUUAUGUUUACACACCACUUGGGAAACUUCCUGCAAGUUCUGUGAGUGAAGAGAAGCUGAAAGAUCUUGACAAGAGUGAGGAAGAAAAUAGCGAACAAAUAAUAUCCCAGUUUAUAGCCGCAUGUGGAAGGAUUAAAGCUCAAGUUUUUAAGUUGGAGAAAAAUGAGCAGCCUAUUUACAAGCAAUUGGUAGAAAUAAUUCCGAGUCAACGGAUAACCAAAUUAGUCAUGUCAUUAACAUUUAUAAAGUCCUCAGCUUGGAAAUCAAGAACUGCAAUUAGUGGAUCAUUUUAUGUUCUUCGUCACAAACCCCAUUUUUGUGAGCUUUUUGUUAUAUAUGGAGGGAGAUUGCUUUCGUUGAGAGAAGAAAAUAAUGAAGGAUUUAUAGAGGACGACAGAGGAAACACCAUUGCCAAGUUUACAGAGAGGAAUGGUUUUAGAAGUUUGCUAGGAAGAUUUUUUCCGGAUAGCGCUACAAAUGGACAAUCCCCGGAUUCACCUUCUACUUCAAGAAGCAAUAGUUUACCUGAUGAGUGGGAGAAAUACAGUGAAGAGAUUGAACAAUAUGUUAAUCAACUGUUGGCUUUAAAUGAAGAGGAAGAAGAAGCAAAUUAUAAAGCAAUGGAGGAAAAUCCUGCAGAUUCAGUUAUGCAGGAAAAUUUGAGUGGAGCAGAAAGAAUUGAAGCUCUUAAACUCAAAAUACGAAGAGCUGAAGAUGCAAUCCAAUUGAACAGAAAAGAAGCAAAUGUGAAUAAGGAAAGGCAUGCAAAAGCAGAAUGGGCUAUUAGUCUAUGUAAUACCCGGGCUAUGGAACUUGAAGUUUGCUUAAGUGAAGAGGUCCUGAAAAAUGCUGAUCUAAAGAAAGAACUAGACUCCAGAAAAGACGAACUCUUUGAACUUCAGGGUGUAGUCGAGGAAAAAAGAAGUAAGCUGAACUCAAUUCUAGAACUCCAAAGAGAACUCUCAAACAAACUUCAGUUAUCCUCUUCUGCUAAAUCAUGUGCUGAGGUUCAACUAGAGAAGGCAGUGCAAACAAGAACUGAUAUGGUUCGAGAAAUUGAGGAAUUGAGAGGGCAAAGAGAUGUCAUCCAACGUAGAAUCGAGUUCUGUAGAGAAAAAGAUGCAAUAGGUGGCGCUGACAGGAUAAACACCUCGAGUUUUGCUUACAGAGAAUUCACUGCUGCCGAAAUUAGAGCAGCCACUGAAGAUUUCUCAGAGGGUUUAAGAUUGAAGUCGCGCGGUCAACUCACAAAUGUUUAUAAAGGCCGUUUAAAUCAUAUGACAGUUGCAAUUAAAAUGUGCAAUUCAGCAACUGCUCCAUCCCACGAAGCCUUCAUAGCUAAGGUAAAAAUACUUAGCCAAAUCAGACAUCCGAAUAUACUUGCCAUGGUUGGAUUCUGCUCUGAGCUCAACUGCAUUAUUUUCGAGUACAUGCACAAUGGUUGCCUGCAUGAUGCAUUAUUCCUAACAGAAAGAAGCUCUAGAAGAAAAAACAAGGCUCUCAGUUGGCACGCGAGAAUACGAAUUGCAGCUGAAGUGUGCUCAGCCUUGGGCUUCCUUCACAAUGCCCUGCCCAGGCCCUUAAUUCAUGGCAACUUGAGUCCCUCAAAAAUAAUCCUGGACCGUCACAAUGUUGCAAAAGUUUAUGGCUUGAAUCCUCCUUGGUCGUAUGAUAAUUUGGAUAGAAAAUCAGACAUCCGGGCUUUUGGAAACUUAAUGCGGCAACUUCUGAUUGGUAGGAACUGUGCCACACCAAUGGACGUUGCUGCUAUCAUUGGGGACUUGGAUCAUUUGGCUGGAGAAUGGCCUUUGGAUUUGGCAAUGGAACUUUGUAGCAUAGCUAUAAGGUGUUUGUCAACCAACGAAGGUAUAGACGAGGAGUUGGAUAUUGGGUGGCUGAUGAGAGAGAUCAAUAAGGUGACGAAAAAGGCUGACCAGCUAGUUGCAAAUGGAGAAUACACAUCUGCAGUUGAAGAUUUUAUAGAUAUAGAGGACUCGAGCAAUGUGCCUGGCGCUUUCCUCUGUCCCAUAUAUCAGGAUGUGAUGCAAAACCCACAUCUAGCUGCAGACGGGUUUUCCUACGAACUAGAUGCCAUUGAAGGGUGGCUAAGAACGGGUCAUGACACAUCACCAAUGACUAACUUGAGGCUGAAUCAUACACUUCUUACACCUAAUCACACGCUGCGUACACUGAUCCAGGAUUGGCAAAAUAGAAGAUCAGAUCCCCCGAAUUGA